AUGGAUUCUGACACAGUACUUACUUACCCGUGUUCUUUUGCAAAGUACAUAUAUAUUUUUACCCUGCCUGUUACGUGUGGAGUAGGAAUGGUAGUACCAUCGAUGACACAGAUUCACCCAAGAGAGGGAAUCGAAAAUAAAGAAGAGAAGACAGAUGGAAGGUUAAUCAAUGUGCGCGUUAAUGACGAUGGGGAGGUGGGUUUGAUGAGUUCCAAACUUGCCAAUCCUGAUCCACAUGAUUUUGAGCCCACAGAAGAGCAGCUCUUGCUGCCAUGGCCGCUCCCGCUCCUGCCAAUUUCUUGUCCUUGA